AUGGGCGGCCGCGCGGACAUCCGCGAGGAGCUGCGGAAGCUGAAGCUCAUUGCGGAGCACACGGAGGAGUGGGCGAGCAAGGUGACAAGCUUCCUUGUGGUGACUCAAGACCUGUGCAAGUCUGCGGCACACGUGCUGUGCCACUUGGAUGACGACGCUUGGGAAAUAGAGACUUUACUGGUGGCGGGUGCAGAGACGGUUGCUGAAGCAGUCUCACAGGUGGUGGAGCUGGCAAGGACAAGAAGUACCGAAGUGGUACGACAGUUUCAGAGGAAAUCCCAAGGUGUGAACCACAAGGAACUGCAUACCAAGGUUGAGCAGGCAUCGCUGGCUGUUGGGCUUGCCAUUUUUGAGACGCUGCAGCUGCAGGCUGAACAGUUCGGAAAGUUGUCCGAGAAGUCGAUCGGUGCGGCAAGGAAGCGGGCCAGCACUCUGGCUGCCAAGCUGCCCUCACUUCCCAGGAGUGAGAGUGGGAUGCCCCACGUGCUGAUGUCAAAUGGGAAGGGAGGGAAGGUGUGGGAUGACGGGCAGUCAGAGGCCACCGGAACUGGAACGGACGAUGUGGAGCUGGACUGGGAUGCCUUUGACAAUGACCUGAAGGCGAUGACGGAUGCUGUGGGCAUGGGCAUGGCCACCCCUGAGGAGGCCUUCCGCAGCGCCAAGUGCUUGGACAACCAGCCAAGCCCUGAGGCCAUGUACCCCUCCCCCAGCCCCGAGGCCUGUGGCUCGCCUCAUGCUGCCAGCGCAGAGUUCAAGGCCCUGCAGCUGCGCAUCGACGAGCUGGACGUGGAGAAGAGCAGUGCAUCGUUUCGGGCUUCUCAGGCGGAGCAGCGCGCCGAGGAUGCGGUUCGAAAGGCAGUUGAGGUGCAAGCGGUGGCGGACAAGGCGCUGGAGCGGGCACAGCGGGCAGAGGAGGCUCUCUGUCGGUUGCAAAGGGAGCGCGAGGAGUGGGAGAACCUGCACCCUCGCCACACGGACGAUGACUACAACGAGGUCCGCCGCGCCCUCAAGGAGGAGCAGAUGGCGCGCCUGUGCGCGGAGGAGUCCCUGCGGGCCGCGGAGGCCGAGGCGCGGCGCUUCCGCGAGGAGGCGCGCGCUGCGCACGAGGCCCACGCCAUGACCCAGUCCAUGGCGCGCAUGGCGGACGAGCAGCUCAGCGCGCGGCACAGCUGCCCGGACAUCGGCGACGAAAUCGAUCAUGGUCGCGGCGGGCUGGAAUCCACGGCCAGGGAUGUCGGAUCCCGGAGCGGAUGGGUUAGGGAUCGCCGCGGGUCGAUCGCCGAUGGGGAUGAGGGGAACGCUGGCGGUCGACCUGCAAGGGGGGCGAGGCGGGGGUCGAAGGAUGGGGGGUGGGGAUGGGGGGCCCGGGGGACCGGCAAGCGGGCGUCGUCUGAUGGCAAGUCGGGGCCAGCGGAGGAACCCGGCACAGUCCCGGCGCGAGGGGGGAUGGGGCUGGUGGGGAGGAUGUGGGGCGGGCGGGCGGCGAAUGCUGAUGCAGUGAAGGCACAGGGAGCAGGCGGAGGUGGGCCGAAGGGCGAGGAGGGGAGGAGGGAGGGCGGUGGCGAUGCGCCGAGGCCAGGUGAUGGCGGUGCGUCGAGGCCGGGUGAUGGGGAAGGGUAUGUGAAUCCGUUUGAGGGCGGGAGGGCGAUGGGGUCGGGUGCGGGAGAUGGAUACAGGAACCCGUUUGAGCCCAGCGGCGGCGCCCAUGGGGGAAAGGCUUCGGAGUCAGAGACUGCUGGCAGGGGGAAGAAUCAAUACGAGGCUGGGACUGCUGGCAGCCAGGGGGAAAGGCCAUCUGAGGUGGAGGCUGCUGGUGCAGGGAAGAAUCCGUUCGAGGGAGGUGGUCCGGAGCCUGCUGGGGAUGGGUAUGAGAACCCGUUCGAAGCUGCCCCGUCGGGGCCAGCCCAGGGGGGGGGCGGGUCCCCAGGCCCCAAUCCGUUCCUGGCGCCCAAGGGUGGGUCGAUGAAGGUGGCCCGAGAUGCUCCAGUGCCGGAAGGAGAGAAGGAUGGGUGGAACCCGUUCGAUGGGGGCGCACCAGCGGGCGGCACAAAUCCGUUUGGAGAGGAGCCGGUGGGGGCAGCGGCGGGCAGCAGCCAGGCAUGGAACCCCUUUGGGUAG